CAGUUCUUCUCUCCAUUUUGUGAGAGCUGGUGUGAUCGAGCCGACCGGGCGUCCCAGCGAGCAGAAACCCCCCCGAACUAUCAGGACAAGAGAACCCAGUGAAAAUUAGCCGCCGAACCGCUCACUAACCAAGUUAUUAUCCGAAAGGAAAGCAAAUCUUAUCGUAUGUCCGCUAUCCAGAACCUCCAAACUUUUGACCCCUUUGCUGAUGCAACUAAGGGUGAUGACCGCCUCCCAGCUGGGACAGAGGACUACAUCCACAUAAGAAUCCAACAGCGGAACGGCAGGAAGACCCUCACCACUGUCCAGGGGAUCUCGGCCGACUAUGACAAGAAGAAGCUAGUCAAGGCCUUCAAGAAGAAGUUUGCCUGCAAUGGGACAGUGAUCGAGCACCCGGAGUAUGGUGAAGUGAUCCAACUUCAGGGAGAUCAGCGCAAAAAUAUCUGCCAGUUUUUGAUUGAGAUUGAUCUGGCCAAGGAGGAGCAGCUCAAAGUCCACGGCUUCUAGAAGCUGUCAGCAGCCCUCUCCCCUCCUGGAAGGCCAUCGAGCACCCUUCCCAACCCCCUUCUCUAUGUGCUGCUGUUGCUCUUCCUCCCCCUCUCCCUCUUUUGCAACCCCGCCAGCUCCUUUUAGCCAACGUGCGACUUACCUCUGAAAAACAUGGGACUCUGUAACUCCACCCCCCCUCUACGACACCAGGGGACAGCCUCGGCCUCACAAAGACACACCACUGCAGCUCCACACAUCAGGGACGAGUGGUGAUGACCCUCCCUCACACACUUCCUCCUUCCAUGUCCCUUUGGUUUUAUUUUUAGGUCUGGUGCCACGAGGAGGCGCCGUUUCAUGUAACGUUUUUUGUUUUGUACUGUAAAGGUGUUUCAAUAAAACGAUGAGUCUCCA